AUGAAGGAGCUGCAAGCGAUCAACAGAGACCAUGUCCACCAGGCCUUGGAAGCUAAACAUGGAGCAAUAAUCACAAAGCCUGGUAAGGGUCGCAAGAUCGAAGAACCUAAGGAGUGGCGUGCCUGGUCUAAGAUGUAUCCAUGGGAAAGGGAGUUGGCAUUUGAUACGCUGAAGAAGGCGAAGAGGGCAUAUGAAAGAGGAGAGGUUCAACGGCAAUUUGAGAAUAACCGUGGGGAAAUCAUCUCACUCAUCGACGACGAGCCCAAGGAUGGCGCCCAGUCCAAGUCACAGAAGCGUGCAGUAUCCAUCAUCGAAGACAAUAGUUCCAAUGAUGACAUGCUAAAGCCAAAAGUCAACAGAGAGGGCAACGGCGAGCCGAAAGUAAAGGAUGAACCGAUCGACAUUAACGGUCCGCCAGCCAAGAAAGUCAAAAAAGUGCAGAACUCUGCUCCAGCUGACAACUGUUCUGAUGAUGAGGGACUGAGGAAGAAGAGAGAAAGGAUGAAAAAGUUGGCUGAAGAAAUUGAUGCUGAGGAGCGCCUGGGGAGAAUGAAGCGCGAGCAUCGGGCUCUGGAAGCAGAGAUUGAGGCUGAGGAGAAACCGAAGAAGAACAGCAGGCAGUAG